CUGAGCGGAUGAUGCCACAUUGCCAGUGGGCUCAAGAGAUGCCAGGCGUGGCUUUGUUUGCCUUUGGAUGCCAAUGGGAAGCCUCUCUCCGCCACCCCAUCAUCUGCUUUGGCACUGCCUUCUUUUCUUUCUUUCUCUCCCUCUUUCUCCCUCCCUCCUUCUUGUUCCUCCUCCGUCAUCAUGCAGAGCUGACAGCAACAGCAGCAGCAGCUGGGGAAGAACACGCACAGAGAGACAGAUUGCAGGAGAAGAGCACCAAGCCAGCCGAGAAAGGGACCUGUCCUCCUGGGCUGCAGCAUCUUCUCCUUUGGGGGGAUAUUGGGUACCGCUUUGUUGUCCUCCAUCUCUGCCAUGGCUUCCAGGCAGGUGCUGCUGCUUUGCUUCCUAGGCCUGGCUGGGCUUUGGGGUCCGGGGGCUCGCUCUCGGAGGCCCCCACGGCCCCCUCCGUGCCCACAGAGCUGCUCUUGCACCCGGGACACUGCCUUCUGCAUCGACUCCAAAGCCAUUCCCAAGAACCUGCCUCGGGACGUCAUCUCUCUGACUCUGAUCAAUGCACAGUUCAGCGAAAUCAAAGAAGCUUCCUUUGCUCACCUCCCGUUCCUGCAGUUUCUGUUGCUGAACUCCAACAAAUUUGCCAUGAUCCGGGACAAUGCCUUUGUGGGGCUGUCGCACCUGCAAUACCUGUUCAUUGAGAACAAUGAAAUCCAGGCCUUGUCGAAAGGCACCUUUCGUGGGCUCAAAUCGCUGACGCACCUGUCUUUGGCCAACAACAACCUGCAGACGUUGCCGAGGGAUCUCUUGAAGCCCUUGGAAAUCCUCAGCGACUUAGACCUGCGUGGCAAUGCCCUGACCUGUGACUGCAACAUCAAGUGGCUGGUGGAGUGGAUGGAGAGCACUAACACCAGUGUCCCGGCCCUCUUCUGCGGUGGGCCCCCUCGGUAUCAAGGCCAGAAGAUCCGGGAGCUGCCCCUCAAGGACUUCGAUUGUGUCACUACUGAUUUCGUGGUGCACCAGGUGCUACCGUUCCAAUCGGUGUCUGCAGAGCCCUUUCUCUACGCCAGUGACCUCUAUGUGGCCUUGGCCCAGCCCAGCUCCAGCAGCUGCGCCAUCCUCAAGUGGGACUACGUUGAACGCAAGUUCCGGGAUUUUGACCGCAUCCCCGCCCAUUCGGCCGUCUACUGCAAGCCCAUCGUGGCUGAAUCCCAACUCUAUGUGGUGGUGGCCCAACUCUUUGGGGGUUCCUACAUCUACCGCUGGGACACCAACAUAGACAAAUUCAUCAAGAUCCAGGAUAUCGACAGCCAGAAGAUUCGCAAGCCCAAUGACAUUGAGGCCUUCCAGAUCGAGGGCGAGUGGUUCUUCGUCAUUGCUGACAGCUCCAAGGCUGGCUCCACCAGCCUCUACCGCUGGAACCAGAAUGGCUUCUACCCACACCAGGAUUUGCACUCGUGGCACCGGGACACAGAUGUGGAGUAUGUGGAGGUGGAGGGCAAGCCCCGGCUGAUCAUCUCCAGCAGCUCCCAGGCCCCCAUCAUCUACCAGUGGAACCGGGCCCAGAAGCAGUUUGUCCACCUUGGUGAUGUGUCAGAUGUGAUGGAUGUCCAGAUGGUCAAGCACUUCCGGGUGAAGCGGGACAACUACCUGUGCCUCAGCCGCUACAUUGGGGACUCCAAGGUGGUCAAGUGGGAGGGGCAGCGCUUCACGGAGGUGCAGACCCUUCCCUCCCGGGGAUCCAUGGUAAUGGAGCCAUUCCGAAUAGCCCAGCGCCAGUACAUGGCCCUGGGCAGUGACUUCUCCUUCACCCACAUCUACCUCUGGGAAGAAGAGAAGCAGAAGUUCUCCAAGUUCCAGGAGCUCUCCGUCCAAGCGCCACGCGCUUUCCGCCCUGUGCCCUUGGAGGACAUGAAUGUCCUGCUGGCCCCCAGCUUCAAGGGCAACACCUUGGUCUACAAGCACAUCGUGGUGGACCUCAGCUUGUAGACUGGGGAGAAUGUAGUCCUUCCUCACCCACCACCACAGCUGCACUCCUCGUUCUUCCACGGAGGUGUCCUCCUGCCUAAGCACUGUAAUUGCUUGGAGCAAAGCUGCUUACUCACUGUCCUGCCUGAAUCCCUUCACCUCUACACUAGGGAUGGACUCAAUGAUGGGGCAUCGGAUGCCCAACACCCAACAAAACCGGCCACCUGAUGCCCAGUACUUAAUAAUGGGGCACCUAAUGCCUACACUCAGCAAUGAUGGGGUACUCAAUGUUUGACACCCAUCAACCAUGGGGCACCUAAUGCCUGCCAACCAAUAGUGACACUUAAUGGCCAACACACCACAAUGAUGGGCGACCUAAUGCCCAAUACCCAACAGUGAUUGCACACUUAAUGCCCAACACCCAACAAUAAUGGGUCACCUAAUGCCCAACCCUCAAUGACAACAGGGUGCCUAAUGCCCAACACCCAACAAUGAUGGGAAAUCCAAUGCCCAACACCCAACAAUGAUGGGGAACCUAAUGCCUGACACCCAAAAAUGAUAGGGAACCCAAUGCCUGACACCCAACAACAACAACAAGGUGCCUAAUGCCCAAGAUCUAACAAUUAUGGAGAACACAAUGCCAAGACCUAACAAUGAUAGGUUACCUAAUGCCAAUACCCAACAAUGAUGGGGAAUCCAAUACCCAACACCCAACAAUGAUGGGUUACCUAAUGUCCAAUACUCAACAAGAGCUGUUGUUGUUGCUGUUGCUGUUGCUGUUGUUGUUAUGAUGUCUAUUUAUAUCCUGCUUUUUCUCUCCAUAAGGAGUCAAAGCGGCUAACAUUUUUAAAAAUUACAAUACAAUUUAAAAUAUACAAAUAUACAAUAUUAAAACAAUAUGAUGGGGAACCCAAUGCCCAAGAUCCAACAAUGACCGGCUACUUAAUGCUCGACACCCAAAAAUGAUUGGGCCCCAAUGCUGACACUCAGCAAUGAUGGGUCACACCUAAUACCCAACACUCAACAAUAACAGGCCACCUAAUGCCCAAGGCCCAACAGUAAUGGAACACUUUAAUGCCUAAGACACAUCAACAAUGGGGCACCUAAUGCCCAAGAUCCAACAAAGAUGGGUCAUCAAAUGCCAAUAUCCAACAAUAAUGGGUCACCCAGUGCCCAAGACCCAUCAACAAUGGGGCACCUAAUGCCCAAGAUCCAACAAUGAUGGGUCAUCAAAUGCCAAUAUCCAACAAUGGGUCACCCAGUGCUCAAAACCCAUCAACAAUGGGGCACCUAAUGCCCAACACACAACAAUGAUGGUUCACACCUAAUAUCCAACAUUCAACAAUAGCAGGGCGCCUAAUCCCCAAGACCCAACAGUACUGGAACACUUUAAUGCCCAUGACCCAUCAAGAAUGGGGCACCUAAUGCCCAACACUCAACAAUAAUGGGUCACACCUAAUACCCAACACUCAACAAUAGCAGGGUGCUUAAUGCCCAAAACUCAACAGUAAGGAAACACUUUAAUGCCCAUGACCCAUCAACAAUGGGGCAACUAAUAACCAAGAUCCAACAAUGAUGGGUCACCGAAUGUUGAUACCUAACAAUGAUGGGUCAGCCUAUGCCCAAUGAGACACCUAAUGCCUGACACCCAACAAUGAUGGGGAACCCAAUGCCCAAGACCCAUCAACAAUGGGGCAUCUAAUGCCCAACACCCAACAAUGAUGGGAACUCAAUGCCUAAGACCCAACAGUAAAGGAACACUUUAAUGCCCAAGACCCAUCAACAAUGGGUCCCCUAAUGCCCAAGAUGCUGGGAAAUGAGGAACUUGCAAACCUUCAAGAAAAGAGGUUUAGGACCUGACUAUAUGGAUUCAGCUCCAUCUCAGCUGACCCCAGAGUCUCUGGGUACUAAUGCCCAACACCCCAAAAGGAUGGGCACCUGAUCCCAACAUGCACCAGCAUUCCUCUCUAUGAAAGGGACCCAUGAUGCCCUUCCUCUCCCUGUUGGCUUGGCUGUUUUUGCAACACCUGCUCGACGCCCCUAUAUUUGUGCAAUGCGGACUGCGUUUUCUGGACCGAACAUCAUGCCCAAAUUUGGAACUCCGGCGAGCCAAAACAAACUUGGAUAAGUUACCUUUUCCCAAACUUGAUGGUUGAGGAGUUUUUGGAAAUACUUAACAUUUCCAAAACCUCUGCUGAGAUUUUGUUGGCCAGUUUGGACACCUGUUUUGGAGACGAUAGCUUGGCACUUAUUUUGGAAAGGGACACUUUUCGUCCUCUCGCUUUCACAGGGAAUCGACACAAGACCACUGCGAUGAAAUGUCUUCUCCGCACCGACAUCCUCUGUGUUUCAUUUCAAACCUUCACAAAAACUAAUUUUGGGAGACCUUUUCCAGGCACUGCCGUUUCCAAGGAUCACCUUUUGAUUUACUCUAAAUGUUUUUUCACUGACAUCAACACAUUAUCAAAAUAACCACUCAGUGGUAUUUCAAUAAAGAAGGGUAAUGCAUUCCUC